UAAUGAGGAAUUUCAGAGGUUUUUCGGCCUGUUUUGUUUUGUAGGAAAAAGAAGAUGAGUAGAACUGGUGCAGAAAUACGUGCAAGCAAACAAAAGCCAAACCAAAGAAGCUGGAUUAAACGAAUGAUGGGUAAUGAUUCUAAAGGGCAAUCAAGUGAGAACAAAGUUAAGCUGAUACAAGAGCGUAUAAACCUAGUGGAGCGACACUUUGGUCAGCUGUGUGAUGAUGUGGCAUCUUACACAAGAAAAUGUGCCCGUCUCAGGGAUAAAGGUGAUCAGAUAGCAAAGGACUUGGUGGAUUAUACAGAUGCUGAGACCCAUAACCCAAGCAUGGUCAGGUCAUUGUCAGAGUUUGCUUCCAAUCUGUCUUCAGUGCAGGACUACAGACAAGCUCAGGUAACAAGACUGGAAGCCAAAGUUCUGACACCUCUCGCAAAUUACGGACUAAAAUGUAAACAAGCCAAAAAUGAUAUUAAGGAAGGAAUGAAAACACAAGAACUAGAAGUCACUCAGCGUAAGAAGUUAGACAGACUGCGGCAGAAAGCACCUGCUAACAGAGCCCAGCUGACAAUGGCGGAGACAGAGCUACAGAAGGCCAGUGUUAAAGCAUCAGCUGUCACAAAAAGUCUAGAACAGCUGAUCGAUAAAUUUGAAGAGGAGAAAUUAAAAGAUUUAAAGAAAGUUUUGACAGACUUUGUCAACAUUGAGAUGAUCUACCAUGCCAAAGCUCUAGAAAUGUACACAGAGUGUUUUCAGAACAUUAAAUCAUUUGAUUUGGAUGAAGAUAUAGAGGAAUUUAGGUCCAAAAUGCAGCCAUCCAAUUCUGCCAACCGAAUGAACAUGGUAAGGUCCUCCUCUUACACCUCCCUGGAGUCAGCUGAGGACCGACAUCCACCGUCCAGUAUUCGACGACAACAGUCUGCCCCUGCCAGUCGUAAUGUCACCCCCACCAAGUCAGCCAGCACAAGUGCCUCACCUCUCAAAGCCACUGUGGACUCCAGGAAUGGUUUGGAUGAUGAUGAAACUGAGGAAGAUGAAGAUGAUGAAGAAGAAUCUGAUGAGGAUGAUGAUGAUGAAGACGAUGAUGAUGAUGAAUACACAGAGACAGAAACAGCUCGUACAGAGACAGCUAGAUCCACUGCACGGACAGACAAACCAUCAGGCCAAUCAGAAAAGACUGUAAUUCGGCCGCCCUCUAGUCUGAUAAAGAAGGUAUCCCAGUGAGUGGCUGUUAUACAUACUAGAAAAUCAAGUCUUCUGACCUCAACAAAGUUAAGUUUUGUCAUCAUCAAAACUGCUAUAUAUUAACCAAAAUACAAUGCUGUAUGGAUUCAGAUGUUAAAUGGUGGAAUAUUAAGGCUAUGCAAUAUUAAUGAAAGAAUAACUUUUUUUAUACAUAUUUGUACUUAUAAAAUUUUAACUGAAAAGUUUCAUCUACGUCAUCUGCUAUUGGAGGCAAGAAAUUUACACACUUGGAAAUACUAUGUACUGUCUAUAUCUUGUUAUAUAUAUAUUAUAUAUAAUUUGUACAGGUAAAGUGUGUUAUUGUUUACUUUUGAAAAUACAUGUACAUGUAUCUUCAAUAUUGUCAACAAAUAUGAAGUAUUGGUGCUGAUGUUAUGAACAGAACUGUACAGACAAGCAGUAGUUACAAGACUGAAUAUUUGUACAUAUGGAAGUUACGAGACUGAAUACUAUGUACAGUAUAUGGUGCAGUUGUCAUGCAUUUUUUGUGACAUGGUUCACACAUCCGUCCAGCAUUUAAUCAAGUUGUUAUAUACUUGUGAUAUUUUAAAGGUUGAUUUGGUUGUCGAUCUUAAUUAGGUUAUCUUAUUAAUUGGCUUGAAUAAUUUAUUGUCGUAAUCAAAUUUCAUUGCCUUAUUUAGAAAAGUACACUGAUGUUUUACAAUGUUUGAUAUUUCAGUAAGAAGAUAAAUUUAUAUAAGAUGCUUAUAUAAUAUGCAUGCAUGUUUAAAAAAUAUUUUAUGGCAGUUAUUUUGUUCUGACUGUCAUCUUUUCAUAAUAUGUACAUGUAUGUAGACAAGAAAACAUAUAAGAGGUUUCUUUUUAAAAGCAAGUCUUUAAAAAACUCUCAGGAAAUCUAUGGAUCUUAGGUGAUGCAAAAUUACUACAUGAGUACAUGUACCAUUACAUGAACUGCCACCAAUAAUUUCUCAUCUGCUGCACAUUAAAUUGAUCACUUUAGUGCAAUUGUUUUUUAUUAUACAGUAUAUGCCCUUUCACAAGAAAUUGGUUCAGAAAUAAUGUAUAAAAUGAGUUUAUAAGCUCAUAUAAUCUACAAAAACAUUUUGACAUGACCACUUUUAUAGUGCAUUGAAACAUUUACUGAAAUAUGUACACAAAAUUCGAAUAAGAAAAAAAUUAUGGUAUUCGCCCAAAGAAUCAUAAUUAUGAUAUCUGCCCCAAGAAGGAAUUAAACACUUGUCAUAAAAGGUAGAGACCACUAAAUAAUAAAGAAAGAGAGUUUUCAGAACGUUAUUAGAAUAUAUGUCAGAAAAAACAACAAGUAUUGAUAUCAGGAAAACCUGCUUUGUAAACAACAUUUUUACACUAUUUCUGGGCCAACUUGUUUCCACCUUGCCACAGUACACUGAAAUAUAUUUUACAUUUGUAUUUAUUAUAAUACAUCAUUAUAGUAUGAAUACAUGUAUCAUCUGUUUAGAAGUGUUGAUUUAAACAUUGUUUUUGCAUUUGUAUAUAAACAUGUACCAGUAACAUGUAGGGUAGUUUGGCACAAAGAUUUGAAGUCAGAUGGCUUAUCAUUUUGAGCCACAAAAAGAAUAAUUUUGGUUUUUUCAUAAUCUAAAGCAAAAAUUAAAUGGACCCAUGUUAUUUGGGAUUAAUUUAUCAUUUUUUCUUUCAAAAUUUACUUGGAAUAAAAUUACAUGUACUCCCUGAUAAAGUUAACUGUCAUGUGUAAUUGAUAUGCCAUAUGUGUUUUGCACGGAAUUACGCACUUGUCUGUUUUUGUUUUUUUUAAUUUUUCCAGCCACUCUAUUAAAUAUAAAGUCAAUAAAUUUCUGAUGUAAUAAAAUAAGCUUUAUUAUAUAGAUACAUGUAGACAUGUAUAUUUUUUUUAGAAUUACAUAGAAUCUCAUCCUUACGAAUUUUGUUUAAUAUAUAAAUAUUCUUAUGCCCAAAGUCA